UCCAUACAUAACACACACACACACACCAGCAUUUAUUGUUCUUACAUCACUUAUAAAUUUCAUCCUUCCUUUUGUCAAACCAAAUUUUGAUCAAACCCUUGCAAAUUUCUUCCUAGGUAGAAGUAGAUGGAGCUUGUGUGGUCAGGGCCACAUCCAUCAUCUGAAAAUGAUCUGAAAAGUCCAUUUUCAGAGAAUCCUCCACCUUGCUCAAAGCCAGUGCUAGCUUCCAUGGAUAUCCAAAAGGAGAAGAAGGAGGACCAAGAACAUCCCUAUGAGUCAAAGCCAGAACUGAACCUCAUAAACUGUAUCGAUACAAAUUUGUCCAUGAACUCCUCAGAAUCAUGUCAUGGAGGAGGACACGGUGAUGAAUUGGAGCCAAGGAUAUUCUCAUGCAACUACUGCCAAAGGAAGUUUUAUAGUUCGCAGGCCCUUGGGGGACACCAGAAUGCGCAUAAGCGUGAAAGAACUUUGGCAAAAAGAGGACACAGAGCUGGUGCUGCAGCUCCAACAGAUUUUGCACACAGGUAUUCCAGCAUGGCUUCUCUGCCUCUGCAUGGCUCCUAUAACAGGUCACUUGGAAUUCAGGCACAUUCCAUGAUCAACAAACGCUGUUUUCAAACACAAACACCUUGUUUUGGUUUGUCCCAUUGUCAUGCUCAAAACUGGUGGCAGAAGCAGCCUUUGUACUCACAAGAACAGGCAACUGGGGCAGAAUCUGAAUCACCCUUGGCUGGUGGCAUCCAACGGCUAGGGAAGUUUUCUCCAAGGCUGGUGCCAGAGGGAUUUGGAGGCUACUGGUUGGACAGUGUUCACCAUUUGAAGACUAAACAAGAGGAGUUGCACAAGCUUGACUUGUCCCUCAAACUCUAAGUGCAACCCUUCAUGGCAUUUCAUAUACAGCACGUAUUAAUUGUGUCUUUUCUCUUUUUCAACAAGAUCUUUCUAUCUUUUCUUUUUCUAUUUGUGCUCAUGUAUCAAUCACUAGUUGCAGCAGCUGUAAAUGCAUUUUAGCCGCAUAAAAACUAAAGUCCGUGUCUUGAUAUUA